GGGCGAGGAGGGCACAGGAAUUGCUGGUGGUGUUCUCCUAGAGUUGUCGGAGCAGCCAUGACUCCCUUCGAUGACUUCGUUUACCUUGUCAAUUCCAUCUUGCUUGGCGAGGAACCAACAAUCGAGGACUUCAUCUUGUUGAUUGGGACCUUUGUUGCAUUCAUUGCAUUCAUUCUGUGGUGCUGCUUCCCCAUUGUGCCAAAGGAGUCUAACCCUCCAGCACAGUAUGAUACUCAGUACACCAAGUACAAGAAGUCAGAUUCUCCCUACGAUGAGAAGAUGUGAAAAGGAGCUGCUGCCGUGGGACACCGGUGAAAGGUGAAGGUUUCUAGAGAUUCCCAGCUGUGCAUGGAACCUCCUUGCAUCCAUGCCUUGCAGAUGAAGAAGGGAAAAAGCCAGUGGGAAAUGGCACCUUACAAGAUGCAUCUGGGCGUGUUUCAAGCCAGAUUAGGGUUCAUUGGGGAUGACGCCCAGUCCCAGGUGGACCACAGCGUCCUCGCAUACAAGCUCGAUAAUGGCUAGGAAGGCUGAAAUUGGGAGCCCUGCUUUAGAUAUGAAUGGGUGAGUGAGUUCUCCCUGAUCUCGUUGUUCAUUUUUUGUUCCGUCAGUCUUGACUUCUGAUCCAGCCACUUGUCUAACAGUUUCAUGAUUCUCUGUAGAGGGCUGCAGGUUCUUUAGGUGGCAGGUAUGCAGGGUCAUUAAGCAACAGUUUUGGAUCAUUAUUAUUGGGUUGCCAACUUCAUGAAUAUGUUCUG